GCCCCGCCCCCGGCGCGCGCUGCGCAGGCGCGGCGGGAGGGCCGGCGAUGAGCGUCCUGCUGCCCAAUAUGGCGGACUUCGACACGAUCUACGAGCUGGAGGAGGACGACGAGGAGGAGCAGGAUGAGCCUGAGCCCGUGGUGCGGAGCCAGGAGCUGCCCCGGCCCCGCGACGCGCCCGAUCCCGUAGCGGUACGGGGCGCCGGGCACAUCACCGUGUUUGGCUUGAGCAACAAGUUUGAUACAGAAUUUCCUUCUGUUCUGACAGGGAAGGUGGCCCCUGAGGAAUUCAAGACCAGCAUCAGCCGAGUGAACGCCUGCCUGAGGAAGAACCUCCCUGUCAAUGUGAAGUGGCUGCUCUGUGGCUGCCUGUGCUGCUGCUGCACUCUGGGCUGCAGCCUGUGGCCUGUGGUCUGUCUUAACAAAAGAACUAGAAGAUCAAUUCAGAAGUUAUUAGAAUGGGAAAACAACAGACUAUAUCAUAAGCUUGGUUUGCACUGGAAGCUGAGUAAAAGGAAAUGUGAAACUAGCAAUAUGAUGGAAUAUGUAAUAUUAAUAGAGUUCUUACCAAAAUACCCCAUAUUUCGACCUGACUGAGGAACAACAUUGGUCUUUCAUGUUACCUGUCAUUUUCUACCCUUAGUGCCUUGUAGAUGAUUUUGGAAAGAAGAUGGUCUACUUUGCUGUGACUUAAAAAUGUUCUUCAGUAGAAAUCUUCCUUGCUGUUACUUUCUUUUGUUAAGAAGAGAACAAUUUGCACAUUUUUUAUGUUCAACGAGGCUUCUGUGUUGCACUCUGAAUUUUUAACAUUACCAAUAACUGAUAGAGUUGCCACUAGGGAUCUUAACAUCAGUGCUGCUUAAACUUGUUCUGAGCAUGCUGCCUUAUUAAUUUCUCUCUUUGCUGUCCAUCCUAAAGCUGUGUCAUCCUCUAUUUCAUCCUAAAUGUUGCAAUCCUAGAAACCCUCAGUAGGAAUGUCCAGGUAAACUCCAGUAGUAAUGAUUUUAGUAGAACCUGCUUGCAUAGGACUUGCAAUCAACAGCACUGGUUUUGUCCUGCACUUUGCAAAAUCAUCAUUUACAUUUAGGGGGGUUCAUUAGUUUACCCACUAUGGAUUUGUAAAUAUUGACUCUUUGCAUAAUGUAAAGUGUGGUAUGCCAAGGUUUACAGAAUGUAUUAUAGCUCUUAUUCUAUUGCCAACAGUCCCCCAGCAUCUGUUCCAUGUGCUCCUUCCCCUGGGAUUGUACAGCCCCACCCACACUGGUUUUAUGGGAAAGCCAUAAAGAGUUUGUACAUAUGUCAGAUGUGUAGGGCUCAGUUGCACUUUGUUUAGUAAAUGGAUGAAAAAUGCAUAGCAUUUCUGUCUUUAUUUGGAAAAGUAUUGCAGGUGGUGUUUGCAGCACCUGAAAUACAAAGCUGAAAUCUUCACCUCUGCAAAAGCUGUGUUUGUGGGGUAGGUGGCAGCUGCUGUUAACAAAAUACCCUAAAGUCUCUUUUGAAGUGAGGGAUAUGUGGAUGUUAAGUUCUAUUUUGUUUUAAGUCAGGAAAGAUUAAGCUCGAAGCAGAGAUCUUUGUUACAAAGGAGAAAAAUUAGGACCAGCCAAAUCCAAGCUGAAGUAGCACCUUUGUUAUUGUGGUGUGCUUGUACUUCAGCUUUUCACAGCCCAGUGGCAUGAAGUCCCUUCCAGUGGAAAUGGGUUUUAUCUCAGUCAAAGUGGAGUUUCAAAACAUGCUGUGAGGGGAGGAAGUGCAGCAAUUGAAUAUGUUUUGGCAGUCAGGCAGUGUCUGGAGAGCCAGGAAUUGUGGAAUUCAGUAUUAUUUUGGAUUCUUCCCUGUUUGCCUGAUCUCAGGAAGGGAAGUCAUUGUAGAAAAACUUCCUCUAAUGGCUGACCUAAGCAAGAGCACUCGAUAAAAGAAAGCAAAUGGAAAUUGUUGCAAGUUCCCUGCCUUUCCUAACUAGAAAUAACACAGCCAGGCAGAUAACUGAGCAUCUGCAAGUUGUGGUGCAUUUCAUUAUCAGUGUCCAAGCAUUUCUUUGCAGCAUCUUGACUCCCUGCAACAUCACCCAAGUUACUUUUUAGUUUCAGGGUGGCUUGGGGGUUUCCUCUGAAUGUAUUUGCAUCUCUGCAGUUUGCAAUAUGCUAUUCAAAUACAGUAUUUGUAAGACCAUUGCAUUCUAAUACCUGUAGUAGGUCAGAUUCCUUGUACACAGUGUUUACAGAAGGCCAGUUUUAUGCAAGUUGUUACUGAAAGGGAGUUUGUGCUGUUUCCAGUCCCAGACUGAUGGUUCAGAGUCUGAAAUCUGCACAUUUCAUGCAGAAACUUUGUUUGACUGGUGACAACUAAAUGUGUAAUUGCAUUUGUAACAUGAAUAAAAACCUCCUGUGUUGUUUGAAAUUAUCAUUAGCUACACCUUGCAAUCAGAUUUCCUUUGCAGAACCAAGCAAAGUGUUGUCUCCAAUUUAUUUCUGUUUUUUUGGGGAUGAGUGUUAACUGGAAGCAGAGAAAAUAAUGGCAGAAAAAGGCAGAGCAAACCAAAACUGAAAUGGCACACCCAAUUCUUUCCUUGGGUUUCCCUGACAAAUGAGUUUCUGCAGUAAUUAACAGCACAAUGGAGGUUUCUUACUGUUCUGCCAGAACUUUGUUGUGUAAAAAAACUCAAGAAAUCUCAGCAGGUUCUGAUUUUCUUCUUCAGUGAUUCCGUUUUCUCCCUGUACUUUCCAAGUGGGAGAACAGGCACUUGCCAUGGAACCACAAAUGGUUGGGUUGAAGGGACCCCAAAGCUCCUGUCAUUCCACCCCCUCCUUCCACUAGCCCAGGUUGCUCAGAGUUCCAUCCAAACUGGCCUUGAACACUUAAGCACAUAAGAUUAAUUUGUAAAGUUUACAUAAAUCCUAUACAUUUUAAUUUGUCCUAAUUAUUAAUUGUGCAGUCUUCAAACCAUGAAUGGUUCUUGUCUUUGUGUUUUAAUUGACAUUUAAUUAUGUGGCCAUAAAGCAACUGGUAAAGAACCAGAGCCAAACCUGUCAUUUACACUAAGCUCCAUGUUUUAAUAAGUAGAUAAAUUUGCAUUAAAAUGCAAAACCAGCAGCAGUAUUAUAUUUGCAUGUGAAAGACACAGGAUUCAUAGCUCACAGAAAGGUGAAGGCAGCUGGCAGCACUGCUGUGAGCUCUGUACACAGGUUCUUUUUGCUUGGGCUCUCCUUUAAUACAAAAACACCACAGGUAAUCCUGUGUCCUGAGAUUGGAAAUCUCAUUUUUGACAGUAAAUGAUCAGCAUGAGUUGGUGAGGUGUUCAUGGAGGAUAUCUGUCAGAAUAAUGUCAGCAGAGUGAGUGGAAGUGUGGAGAAAGUGCCUUGGCUGGUUCCAACCUUUGGGAGAGAAGGAGAAAAGGGAACUGGUCCCUCUCAGGAGUGGGAGUUUGCAGCAGAUUUUUAAAAGCAGCUGCUGUCUACCAAAUCAGUGUUUAUUUCUUCACAUCAACAUGUUGACACUAAUUUUGUUUCUAGAUUUUAUCCAGGAAAUCUUUGGGGUUAUCUCUAGAAAGUUUUGUGUCUGCAGAGUGCUGAAGGAGUGCAGAGCUCUGGCAGAGCAUCAAAGCUCUCCUUAGUGAUUCCCCACCUGCUCCUGCAAAGGUGUUUUCCCAGAGGAGGAACACAAAACUGUUCCAACAUGCACACCCAAGUCUAGGGAGUGUGAGUUCAGUUCUAAAUAGGUGACUUUAAAACAGGAAAAAAAUUUAUUAAAUUGGUGUGGUUUUGAUAAAUACAAAAAAAAAAAGUUCCUAUGCUUUCCUUGAUAGGUACAAAACUCCAUAUGCUAAACCAUAAAUUGAUAUUUAUUAUUGUCCCACUCACGGUUUAUUACAUUUUCUUGUCAACACACUACCAUUGGAGCAAUAAAAAUGUCAAGCUAUUAACAUUCACCAUCAAUUAUUUAUCACUUUAGUAAGCAAUGUUAUGUGAUUCUUCUGCCAUUCUUUUGUUUUCUGCUUUUGGUGUUCUUACAGUGUUGUAACAUACUUGUAUUGCUUCUGAAAAGUGGUUUUGUUUAAGCUGUAUGAAACUGUGUUCUUAACACUUUUAUUCUGUUUACAAGUGAACAGCCACUUUUUUAACAGGACCUCACAUCUGGAGAGUUUUCUCUCUAUUUUUUAUUUUAAAUGAAAAUAAAAUUCUAACUGAGCUUGCUUUCUACAAUUUACUGCACUGGCUUGUGCCAUUGAAAGAAGCUGGAAGUCAGACAUGCUUCAUCACUUUGAGACAUUUUUCUUUAAUUAAAUUCAAAGAUGAAAACCUUGAA